GAGCUUAAUUACGGUUUACCCAAAUUUCGAGAGAGAGAGAAAUCAGAGACGAACAGGGACGAAAUACGGAUGAAAAGGGGUUAGUAGGAGCAAUUGGCAAGAGACGUUUUGAUUCUUGGUUCAAGUGGAAGAACAUUUUUGAUUUUUGGUUCAAGUGGAAGAACGUGACGCCAGGACUAUGAAGGUGGAAUUCUCAAUGUAGGUUUCGAUACAAUAUGUUAUCUAUCUCAAAGUUUAUGCGGUGAGACUAUGGAGUGGCUCUUGGCAAUUGUUGCAGCAAUCGUAUGGAGAAUAAGGGUUCGCUUUCUCAUAGCCGUUCCGAGAACAACGGUUCUGGUAAUUGUAAUGGAGUACAGAGUUUGAAGCGGAGAAAGAUAAUCGAGCAGAAAAAAGUCACCGAUCAACUCAUUGAGGUCGCUUGCGCCCAGAAAGACCAUCUUUCACCCUUUCCGUCAUUGCGCCACUACAAUCGCGGCGGUCUAUCUUUGUACCUGCAAUCAGGCCGUGGCAAUAAACUUUCUUGUUCUGUUAAGAAAUACAUUCAAAAUCUCCUCAAGAUCAAUAUGGAGGGGCCAUAUGGAUCACAAUGGCCAACUGAAGAGAAGGUGAAGCACAGGGAAAUGGUUUCAACACAAGCACGUUAUAUAUUUGUGCACGAGGCUUCACAUGCUAAUGCCAAUGGAAAGCCUUCAAAAUCAGAUGGAGAGAAGACAAGUACAACUCUAAAUAAGAAGGAUCCCAUGGUUGCAUUUGUACACUUCCGAUUUAUUAUAGAAGAAAUGAUACCUGUGCUAUAUGUGUAUGAGCUGCAGAUUGAGCCUCGUUUCCAAGGAAGAGGAUUGGGGACUUUCUUAAUGGAAUUAAUUGAGCUUAUUGCUUGCAAGAACUGCAUGGGUGCGGUGGUUUUCACCGUUCAAAAAGCAAACUUCAAAGCUUUGAAUUUCUACCGAAACAGGCUGCGAUAUACCAUUUCAUCUAUUUCACCCUCACGUGCUAAUUCAUUGAUGGCAAUUGAUGCAAGCUAUGAAAUUCUCUGCAAAGCAUUUAAUGAAGAAGCUAAAGCUGUUUUGGAGGGGCCAGCAAUCUCUCGUUCAGAGUUGUUCUAAUUACAGAAUUCCACCUCCCUGAAUCCUUCUUGUUAUCAUCAAUUAGGACGUUUCAAGCAUUCAGAGGUGGAUAGCAAAAUAUUAUGGGAUUGCUACAGCAAAGCUGUAGCAUCUUGAGCUGGAGAAAAUAGCAUAAAAAUGGCAUGGACUCAGUGGCAACUCAUUUAGAACAGAAAAUGAAAAGAAAAAGAAUGGAAUCUGAAAAAAAGGAGGAGAAGCCGAUUUGAGAGGAAGAAGAAGAACAAAGAAUUGGUGCAGAAGAAGAAGUGAAAGCUGAAACACAACUUUGCUGCAACAUUUAGUACCUCAAAACUUUCCUUUCUUCUAUGAUUAGAUUUCACUUUAGCUUGUAGUUUUUUUGAGAGUUCUAAUUGUUAGCUUUGAUUCUCUGUGUUUAAGGUCUUAUUUUAGAGUUGGGAUUUAUGAAACUCUGAUGUUCUGUUGAAGCUCUUUUGAAUGAAUAGUAGAGAUUUUGAAUGAAUGAUUCGUUCUACUC